AUGUACGUGUUGUGGAAAUGCAUAGAAGCGUAUUAUUUUGACCUUGCUAAUCGUGGUUACGUUCCUCUUUUUCCUCAAGCAGCUGUUUUACUUUACGCUUUGUCUGCUGGAUACGUCUUGUGGAAUGUGGUUAUUGAACCGAGGAACCUCAGGCAGGGUUACUGGGAAUUCUUAGUAAAUCUGACAGCUCACAGGGUCAAUUUACUAAACAGAAGAAUCCUUGGCGAGAGUGGCUGUCGAUCGUCUUCUGCUUUCCCUGUCCUUCAACUAAAGCCUAGGUCUGAUCUGCUUCAUACAUCUGCAAAAGCCGCAUAA